CUCUCUUAGUACUGGUUUGGGGAUCCGCCUUUCCAAUCCUUCGUUCGAACUCGUUGGAGAUAGAGCCCCUAAAGACCCGCCUUUCUCCAGAGGAUUGGCGGAUGAAUGCACAUAUAGCCCACCCUCGACGGACUGUUGAAGCCUGGAAGUCCCUUCCCCUUUCCCCUCCCCCCUCUGCCGCUUUGUGGCAUCCCCCUCCCUCUGCCCUUUCCCAUCUGAUAAUCUGGCCAUGACUAGCAGAAGCACGGCCAGGCCCAAUGGGCAGCCUCAAACCAGCAAAAUAUGCCAGUUCAAAUUGGUCCUGCUGGGGGAAUCUGCAGUGGGGAAAUCUAGCCUGGUGUUACGUUUUGUCAAAGGACAGUUCCAUGAGUACCAGGAGAGUACUAUUGGAGCGGCCUUCCUCACCCAGUCCGUUUGUCUAGAUGACACAACUGUCAAGUUUGAGAUCUGGGACACAGCUGGGCAGGAGCGAUACCACAGCUUAGCUCCCAUGUACUACAGGGGUGCCCAAGCUGCAAUUGUGGUUUAUGAUAUUACUAAUCAGGAAACCUUUGCCCGGGCGAAGACAUGGGUAAAGGAGCUACAGCGGCAGGCCAGUCCUAGCAUCGUUAUUGCCCUGGCAGGGAACAAAGCAGACCUGGCUAACAAGCGCAUGGUGGAGUAUGAAGAGGCCCAAGCAUAUGCAGAUGACAACAGCUUAUUGUUUAUGGAGACUUCAGCCAAGACAGCUAUGAACGUGAAUGAUCUCUUCCUGGCAAUAGCUAAGAAGUUGCCAAAGAGCGAACCCCAGAAUCUGGGAGGUACAGCAGGCCGAAGUCGGGGUGUGGAUCUCCAUGAGCCUUCCCAGCAAAACAAGAGCCAGUGUUGUAGCAACUGAGGGGUGGCUAGCAGCAAACGAGUAUGGAGCUAGCACGAGAGCUAAGAAAUAACCUCCAUCCCCACCCCUCAGCACACAGCCCCUACGGUAACAGCACACUGAGCCCUGGCUCCCAAGGGCUGCCUCCUGACAGCUCCGUCAUGGCACUUUUUAACGCUUCAGCAACCAACACCAGGCAGCUGUUGCCACUGGCCUCCUACCCCCUACUUUGGGGUUUAGGGGUCAAAUCUCCCCAGGACUUAACUUCCAAAACAAACUUUCUUCACGUUGUAUUAUAGGUGCAAGACAGUGAUCUUAUCUUUCCUCCUCCUCCCCCUUGUUCUUUCCCAUAUUUGCAGAAAACAUUUUUGUCUCCUUCUCCCUUCCACUUUUGAUCAGUCCCUAUUUUUGAUCCUCUUUUCUUCCUCUCCCCAGGAUGGAGAAGGUAGUGAAUCCAUGAACUGGAGGGAGAUUUCUAGUUUAGUUAUAUUAAUGGCCCUGGGGAAGAGUAAAAGCUCAGAGCAAGAGGCAGUAAGGAAACAUUUCCUUUUUGUUUUUAUGGUUGGAAUUUCUCGUGUUUGAAAACAUUGCAGCAUAUAUUAGUUGGCCCUGUGGAGGGUGUUCCUAGAUAGAGUUGAGAAUAGAGAGGCAAGCUCUCAGGCACCACGUGGGAGUCAUAUUGUUAGCUAAUUGGACAAAGUGGAGGUGAUGUGGCUCUGGAACUCUUCCAAGGCCCAGUUUCCUCACACCCAGCCUAUUAGGUAGCUUCUCCCCUAGAGUGGGGACUGGACCCUAGAGUCCUCCAAAGAAUCUUCACUGGUUGCCUGCAUCUUUGGCUCUGCUGUGAUCUAAUUAGAGGAGUUUCUGACACCUAUCCUCUGAUUUAUACAUAUGCAUUUUCCCCCAUUCCUCUGGCCUUUAGAUGGCCUCAGUCCUAGCCACCACAUCCCCCUGCAGUUUGCACUUUAAUUGAUGGUAGUUCAGUCGGGAUACUUGUUUUAUGGGAGUUUUGAUUGAUUUACCUGCCCUCCCUCCUUUUUAAGUAAAUGGAAUCUGAAGUAUAUGAGGUUUGGGGAGGGGCUUUAGAGAACAGAACCAGUGGCAGCUACUCAAGCCCAGUCUCCACUGCUGGCUUCCUCCAACUCUUGAUUCUUAACCUAUAUUCUUGCCAACCUAGUUCGUGAGUAUAGGUUUGCCUUUCCUGGAGAAUUAACUGAGCAAUUGGGGAGUGGCCUCAGAGUAGCAUAGGCCAAAGUAGGGGAGUAAGAGAGGUCAGGAAAAAGGGAGUAGUUUUAUAUCCUUUCCCAGGGUUCACAUUCAAUUUGCUAUCCAUUACCAUGUCUUUUCUACUUCCUUGUAAAUAGGUAUAAUCUUUAUUCUCACUAUACAGUCUGUUCUAUCCCCUGUCUCCCAUCAGGAUCUAUUCCUUUUCUCCUUUGUUAGUAUCUUGAGUUUAGUUCCUCCAUCCUUAUCCCCAUACCUACCCUCCCCAACCAAUAGUUUAAUCCACAUACCACUAGGGGCUAGUACCACAGAGGCCUGGUUGUAGUCCCUUCAUAUCAUACCACCUGUUCCUACGGACAGGAAGUGACUAGCACUGAAUGUGCCUCACAGCUGUCUCACAUCAUCAGAGGACCUUGGUCUUUUCUAAACUCUAAUCUCUUCACAUCCCUCAUCAGGUGUUUUAGAUGUCUGUGGGAAGCCAUCAAGGCAAGGGAGAACUCUUAAGUUCUUUCUUGUUCUGGCCUAGAGUUUUGGAGAAAUUUGGGGGGAAAAAAACACAGGAAAAGCCACGAGUGUCCCAGGCCAGCUGAGAAACCAGGAAGCUGAGAAUCUGUAGGACCCAGCUUAGAUUCUUCCACUUAGGCCUCAAUUCCCUUCCUUUUCCAGGGGCAGCCUUAGUUCCCAAGGCCCUGAAACAACAUACAUUUCCCUUUCCUUCCCAGAAACCAUUAGCCUCCACACUCCCUACAAGUACCUAGUGCAUCCUUUUUACAAGUGGAAGAACUAGAAUGGCUCACCAAGUCUCUUAGAAUUAAAUUCUUUGUAUGGUUUUCCUCAUGGAAUAGGAGUGAAGAUGUUUCAUUGCCUUGGGGCUGGGAAACCAUUUCCCCAGGCUUCUCUCCUCCUUCACCUCCUUAGGAACAGUAUUGGCCUUAGCUUCUGGGCCUGUCUGCCUUCUACUCCUACCAGCUCUUCUGCCCUCCUUUGAGCUCUGUUGGGCUUGGGCCUCUUAGUUUUUUAUUUCCGAGCUCUUCAUUUUCUUUCCUUCUGAUCAGUUUUUUUGUUUUCUUUUAUUUUGUUCAUUUUAGGGAGGAGGGGGUCUCUCUCUCUCUCUCUUUUUUUUUCCCCUCCUUCAAAGAAAGCAUUUGUCUUUCUUUCCCUUUCUUCUUCUCCCAACAUAACAAUCGUGGUAACAGAAUGCGACUGCUGAUUUACCGAUGUAUUUAAUGUAAGUAAAAAAGGAAAAAAAAAAAAAAAA